GCCUACGUCCACGCCUACAACUGAAGUAACUUGACGAACACCUCACCCCUGCCUCCGGGAUGAAAGUGGGUAACCUAGACCUGAAUGGGCUUGACCAUCUCACAACUGCUCGCGUGACGACCGCAUUCGUGGCAGGUAAGAAGAUUGCUGUAUCAACUCAAGAAAGCAAUAGCCUCACUGUCUUUGUAUUUUGAAUUGCAACAACUUUGAUAUCAACAAUGAAGCAAUGAUAUCUAAGAACAAAAGAGUAUUGGCCAACAGUCAUCAUAAUAUCAAGUGAUUGUAUAAGCAGAAACAAGCUGUCGCAGACCUGUGUGUCAGCUAAUAUAUGGAGAAUGCUUUCUUCUGAUACUGUUUACUUAGAGGCAGUUCUAAUAUAAAUCAUUUCAGUUAUAUCUACAUCAAAUAAAAUAAAAAUGAGUGAAGCCCCCAGAUUCUUUGUUGGGCCAGAAGAUACGGAAAUAAAUCCUGGAAAUUAUCGACAUUUCUUCCACCAUGCAGAUGAAGACGAUGAGGAGGAAGAUGAUUCUCCACCAGAAAGGCAGAUUGUGGUUGGAAUAUGUUCCAUGGCAAAGAAAUCCAAAUCCAAACCAAUGAAGGAAAUUCUUGAACGGAUCUCCUUAUUUAAAUAUAUCACAGUAGUAGUAUUUGAAGAGGAGGUUAUUUUGAAUGAACCAGUGGAAAACUGGCCUUUAUGUGAUUGUCUUAUUUCUUUCCAUUCUAAAGGAUUUCCACUGGACAAAGCGGUUGCCUAUGCAAAACUCAGGAAUCCAUUUGUAAUCAAUGACUUGAAUAUGCAGUAUCUCAUACAAGAUAGGAGAGAAGUAUAUAGUAUUCUUCAAGCUGAAGGUAUUUUACUUCCUCGUUAUGCAAUUUUGAACCGUGACCCAAAUAAUCCCAAAGAAUGUAAUCUGAUUGAAGGGGAAGAUCAUGUAGAAGUAAAUGGGGAAGUUUUUCAAAAGCCAUUUGUAGAAAAGCCAGUCAGUGCAGAAGAUCACAAUGUUUACAUUUAUUACCCAACUUCUGCUGGUGGUGGAAGUCAAAGACUCUUUAGAAAGAUUGGCAGUAGAAGUAGUGUUUAUUCUCCAGAAAGCAAUGUACGAAAAACAGGCUCAUAUAUAUAUGAAGAGUUUAUGCCCACAGAUGGUACUGAUGUUAAGGUUUAUACAGUGGGUCCAGAUUACGCCCAUGCUGAAGCUCGAAAAUCUCCGGCACUUGAUGGCAAGGUGGAACGAGACAGUGAAGGAAAAGAAGUAAGAUAUCCUGUUAUUCUCAAUGCACGAGAGAAAUUAAUUGCUUGGAAAGUCUGCCUUGCUUUUAAGCAAACAGUUUGUGGCUUUGAUUUGUUACGGGCCAAUGGACAGUCCUAUGUCUGUGAUGUCAAUGGCUUCAGUUUUGUGAAAAAUUCCAUGAAGUAUUAUGAUGACUGUGCAAAAAUACUUGGAAAUAUUGUAAUGCGAGAACUGGCUCCACAAUUUCAUAUUCCGUGGUCAAUACCCUUAGAAGCUGAAGAUAUCCCAAUUGUACCAACUACAUCUGGAACUAUGAUGGAACUUAGAUGUGUCAUAGCUGUUAUACGUCAUGGGGAUCGAACACCAAAACAAAAAAUGAAAAUGGAAGUGAGGCAUCAAAAAUUUUUUGAUCUUUUUGAAAAAUGUGAUGGAUAUAAAUCAGGGAAAUUAAAACUCAAAAAACCAAAACAGUUACAGGAAGUGCUAGAUAUUGCACGACAGCUUCUUAUGGAGCUGGGACAAAAUAAUGAUUCUGAAAUUGAAGAAAACAAGCCAAAACUUGAACAACUUAAGACUGUAUUAGAGAUGUAUGGUCAUUUUUCUGGAAUAAAUCGUAAGGUUCAGUUGACCUAUCUCCCUCAUGGUUGUCCUAAAACAUCUAGUGAAGAGGAGGACAGCCGAAGAGAAGAACCAUCUUUACUUUUGGUUCUAAAAUGGGGAGGUGAAUUAACUCCUGCAGGCAGGGUCCAGGCUGAAGAACUUGGAAGAGCUUUCAGGUGUAUGUAUCCUGGAGGUCAAGGAGAUUAUGCAGGAUUUCCUGGUUGUGGUUUACUUAGAUUACAUAGCACCUACAGACAUGACCUCAAAAUAUAUGCCUCUGAUGAAGGACGAGUCCAGAUGACUGCAGCUGCUUUUGCAAAGGGGCUUUUAGCUUUGGAAGGAGAGCUUACGCCCAUUCUUGUUCAAAUGGUGAAAAGUGCAAAUAUGAACGGUCUUUUGGAUAGUGAUAGUGACUCUUUGAGCAGUUGUCAGCAACGUGUGAAGGCAAGGCUUCAUGAAAUACUUCAGAAAGACAGAGAUUUUACUGCUGAAGAUUAUGAAAAGCUUACUCCAUCUGGAAGCAUUUCUCUUAUCAAAUCAAUGCAUUUAAUUAAAAAUCCUGUGAAGACCUGUGAUAAAGUUUAUUCCUUAAUUCAGAGUUUGACUUCUCAAAUCAGACAUCGAAUGGAAGAUCCCAAAUCAUCAGAUAUUCAGCUUUACCAUAGUGAAACAUUGGAGCUUAUGCUACGUAGAUGGUCCAAGUUAGAGAAAGACUUUAAAACAAAGAAUGGAAGAUAUGAUAUUAGUAAAAUCCCUGACAUAUAUGACUGUAUAAAAUAUGAUGUCCAGCAUAAUGGUUCCUUGAAAUUAGAAAACACAAUGGAAUUAUAUAGGCUUUCGAAGGCAUUAGCAGAUAUUGUUAUCCCUCAGGAAUAUGGUAUCACUAAAGCUGAAAAACUGGAGAUUGCCAAAGGCUACUGUACUCCUCUGGUUAGAAAAAUUCGCUCAGACCUACAGAGGACACAAGAUGAUGACACUGUAAAUAAACUUCAUCCUGUGUAUUCUAGAGGUGUUCUUUCUCCUGAACGUCAUGUUCGUACUAGAUUAUAUUUUACUAGUGAAAGUCAUGUACAUUCUUUGCUGUCUAUUCUUCGCUAUGGUGCCUUAUGCAAUACCAAUGAUUCUCAGAAUGAAGAUGGAGGAAUGGUGAAGGAGAUGGAAUCAAAGGAUGAACAGUGGAAAAGAGCUAUGGAUUAUUUAAAUGUUGUCAAUGAGCUCAACUACAUGACUCAGAUUGUUAUCAUGCUUUAUGAGGAUCCUAAUAAGGAUCUUUCCUCAGAGGAACGCUUUCAUGUUGAAUUACACUUUAGUCCAGGAGCCAAAGGUUGUGAAGAAGACAAAAAUUUACCAUCUGGCUAUGGAUAUAGACCAGCUUCCAGAGAGAAUGAAGGCAGGAGACCUUUUAAAACUGAUAAUGAUGAUGAACCACAUACUUCUAAAAGAGAUGAGGUUGAUCGAGCUGUGAUAUUGUUUAAACCAAUGGUAUCAGAGCCAAUUCAUAUACACAGGAAGUCUCCACUUCCAAGAUCUAGGAAGAUGGCUACAAAUGAUGAAGAGAGCCCCCUGAGUGUGUCUAGCCCAGAGGGUACUGGUACCUGGCUGCAUUAUACCAGUGGUGUGGGUACUGGGCGUCGAAGACGCAGAUCAGGGGAACAAAUCACUUCUUCCCCUGUCUCCCCCAAAUCAUUGGCUUUCACAUCCAGUAUUUUUGGCUCAUGGCAACAGGUUGUAUCUGAAAAUGCUAAUUACCUGCGAACACCGAGAACUCUUGUGGAACAGAAGCAGAAUCCUACUGUAGGGUCUCACUGUGCGGGCCUGUUUAGCACCUCGGUGCUCGGGGGUUCUUCAAGCGCACCUAACCUACAGGAUUAUGCUCGUACUCAUCGUAAAAAGCUGACCUCUUCUGGCUGCAUAGAUGACGCCACACGCGGUUCUGCUGUUAAAAGGUUUUCUAUCUCAUUUGCUCGACACCCAACCAAUGAACACCUACACCUCUAUAGGUGCUGGUCCGUUUCCUCUGUGGAAUUUCUAGGCUCCAGUGGCUUUGAAUUGUAUUCCAUGGUGCCAUCUAUUUGUCCUCUAGAAACUCUUCAUAAUGCCCUAUCUUUAAAGCAAGUGGAUGAAUUUCUUGCUUCCAUUGCUUCUCCAUCAUCUGAUGUUCCACGGAAGACCCCUGAAAUUUCCUCUACAGCUUUACGUUCCAGUCCAAUAAUGAGAAAAAAAGUAUCUUUAAAUACGUAUACACCUGCAAAGAUCCUCCCAACACCACCAGCUACCUUAAAGAGUACUAAAGCAAGCAGCAAACCAGCUGCAAGUGGACCUUCUAGUGCAGUUGUUCCUAAUACCUCAUCUCGGAAAAAGAGUAUAACUAGCAAAACAGAAACGCAUGAACACAAAAAAAACACUGGGAAAAAGAAAUGAAAUCUUAGCAGAAGCUGGACUUUUUAUACUUAUAAAAAUAGUAUGUUCUUAUGUUUCUCCUUAUGCAUUUAUGUGUUCACUUAAAAAUGUUUUUAAAUCUAAGGGUUUCUUUGUUUAUAUUCAGGUAAGGAACUUUUGUCAUGAUCUGGAAAUGUUUAAAACGAUGUUUGUAGGCAUUCUGUGAGUAGCAAAACUUAUAGUGAUAAAAAUUGAUUGUUGUUAAUAUGAUGUUUACCAUGUGCACACAGUAAUGAAAAGGAACAUAAAAGCCCAACAGGCUCGUACCAAAGUCACACCAGUAAUGCUAUGUACUGCAGAGUCUGAUUAGAUGGCCUUUGUGCACACUUUUAUAUUCAUGGGAUUGCAUCUUAGCUGUAAAAACUUCUAGGUUGAAAUUUGAUAGCCAGGGUUACAUACUGGGGACUUUUAAAGUAUCUUUCCAGAGAGAUUUCAUUAACCGUUUAGAUUAGAAUAUCUUUCCCAAUUGUUACAGUGACAUAUAUGCUGCAAUAUUUAACAACUGGAGUAUUAGCCACAUGGGCUAAUUUUCAAUCUGUGUUUUGAAUUUUUUUUAUUAUAUGUUAUUUAAAAUAUUACAUAUGCAGCUGGGAGAACUACACCUUUGUGCACAUAGAUUUAUAUAUUAAUUUGUAGAAAAUAUUUUCUUUAUAUAUUUCCUUACCAUACAAGGUGCCUUGUUCAUCAGGAAAACUUUUGUUUCAUAUGUUGACAAGAAAGGCACCUUUAGAGUUUCUUUUUAAGUAUAGUUGACAAAUGUAUAAAUGUUACAUUUAUUUUCAGAGUUCUUUUUAGAUCUAAAGAAGUCAGUUCAAAAAUGGAAAUCAACCAUGUUAGGAGAAAUCUGAAUUCUGUUAAGUUAGUACAUAUUAUGUAUAGUAUCUGUUUUUAACCAUUUCCAUUCUUAUCCCUAGUGUAUCAGUUGAUCACACUAAGAAAGCUUAAAGAUUGAGCAUUUGAAAUAAAUGCUGUUUAUAAAUGAUUAGAUUUUUGAAGGGAUAUUGAAAUCAUUGUGCUGUGAUUUCAUCUAUGAUAUGAAAAAUAAAUUUAUUAUCCUUGGUGCUUUUCCCCCCAACCAAUGCACAGAUAAUUGUGAACCACUUGAAAUGACUUAAACUGGUAAUCCAAAUGGGAUAAUCUGAUAAGAAUUUCAUGCAUUGCUAGUUAAAUAAUUUAAAUUGCUAAAGCUUUAGCUUGAAACUUAGUUUAGAAAAACUAUUGAUUUCCCGUGGUAUGAAUAUAACUAUUGUAAUUCUUCAAAAGAGAUUCUUCUCACCUGAGUCAUAUAUGAAUUAACUUACAGGAAAUAAGCAUACUAUAUGUUAGCUGUUUUAAAAGGUACCAGAUGUAAGAGUUAUAAAUAUAUACCAUUAAAGAAGUUCAUGUACUUCACAUGAAUGUAAAUGUGUUAUAUGGAGACAUGUCUUGUAAACAGUUGAAUGUAUGUAAGUUUUCUGUUUGUGAAAAUGUAGUUAAUGUACUCACUGUGGAGGUAAUAAGGAAACUACUUUUUUUUAAAAGUGGAACCUAAUUAAAAUAUUUCCAGAAUCAAA